AUGUGUAAAGGACUUGCAUCGCUGCCUGCCUGCUGCUUGGAAAGGGCCAAGGAGCUAAAAGCAAGGCUGGGAAGCAUUUUGCAGAAGCCCAGCUGGACUCUAUCCUGCUGGAAAAUAGGAAAAGAUAAGCCAACCCUGGAGGAAUGCAUCAGGUGGAAAGAGUCCUUUGAAAAGCUCCUGUCCAGCAAAU